AUGAUUGUGACAUGGGUAACAUUUGAUGACGUUGGUGAUUCUUACGUCAUGUAUCGUGAGACUGAACAUCACAAACACAGUCGCGUUUUGGCUAAUGUGACACAUUUCGGGGGUGGAUUUAUUAAAUUGUCUAGGUACAUUCAUAGAGCUACUAUUGGUGAGCUGGAGUCUGGAAAGGAAUAUGGUAAGUAUAGUAUUAGCUGCCUUAGCCACGCCAUAGCAUUUUUCACAGCUUGCCAUAGCGAUAGCCACAGCCAUAGGUUAUAGCUUUAAAUUUAAAAUUUCAGUCUACUACGUAGGCUCGAGACAUGGCUGGAGCAAUGAAUUCACCUUUCAAGCUCUGACUGAAAGACCUGAAGGUGGUUAUAAAUUUGCUGUUUAUGGUGAUAUGGGCGCAGUAAACAGUAGGUCGCUAGGAGAACUACAAAACCAAGUCAGGGAAGAUAACAUUGAUAUGAUUCUUCAUGUUGGUGAUUUUGCUUACAAUUUAGAUUUGGUAAGUCAUUUUUUUAAUUUUAAAAAAAAUUUUUGGACUAUUUUGUUCAAAAAGGAAUGAGCCACUGAAAGCGGUGACUUAAACCAAGGUUAAAAACUUACACUUUAUGAAAAUUUAGGUAUCAAGCUAUAAAAAAGAAAAAAAUCUUAAACUAAAAUUUUUUUUGAAUGGUGGAUCAUUACUUUUUGAACAACUUAAUAUAUAAGUUGUGAUUAUGAUCAGAAAGGCUAUUUCUAGAAGAUGUUUGGCUAGAAAAUUGGCAAAAUUAACAUAAAUUUUAAAAUUUUAGUUUAAUCAUUAGAGUUUAAAGCCUUUUUGAAAUUUCAGUUAGAUGGUCGCGUCGGCGAUCAAUUCUUCAACAAAAUCGAAUCAGUUGCAGCCAAAGUGCCGUAUAUGACAUGCCCUGGAAAUCAUGAGUUUCCAAACAAUUUUACUCACUACAUCAACAGGUUUACCAUGCCAAACAGUGAACAUAACUUGUUUUAUAGGUAUGGUCAUAAGAAUAAAGAGUUUAAAAAAAAUUACUUUUUUGUUACAAUUUUUAAAAUUUUUUAAAAAAUUUUUGGGUUUAGCUUUGAUCUUGAUAAAGUGCAUUUUGUCUUUAUAACAACUGAAAUCUACUACAACACGUUUCUAAGCCCAAACGAUAAACUUAAUAUUGAUGAUGUGCAACACCAACAGCUUCAAACACAAUGGAAUUGGCUUGUUAAUGACUUGGAAGUAAGGUUUUUUUUAAUUUUUAAACUAUUUUUAUAAAUUUCAAAAGUUUUUAAAAUUAACACAAUUUUUUAAUUUUAUCAUCUAUUUUAAAACCUCGUACAUAUAAAACAAAAAUAUAUUAAAAUAUCUUCAGAAAGCCAAUAAAAACCGUUAUAACGUGCCAUGGAUUGUCGUCUUAGGGCACCGUCCCAUGUACUGUAGUACUGACUCUGCUAUAGCCGAGUGCCGCUACAAAGAUGUUAGAGUUCGUGUCGGUAUCAAUGGUGAAUUUGAACUUGAAAAAUUGUUGUUCGAAAACGGAGUGGAUCUUGAAGUACGGUCAAAUAUAUAUUCUUUUUCUGUCUGAUGUUGCCUUGGCGCUGGCUUUGGCUUUAGCCUUGGCUAUGACCCUGGCUAUAGAUCUAGCCGUGGUCGUGACUAUGGCUCUGGCGCUCACGCUAUUAACUCUGGUUUUGACUCUGUCUUUGACCCUUAUAACCGUACUUAACAGUACUAGUCAUAAUAUUAUCAGGCGUGUCCUGACCAAUACUAAGCUUACUCAUCAGCGCUAUUUGUACCCAUUAAUACUAGCCAUUCUAUUGUUAUAAUACUGGUCACAGUCUCAAAUAACCUAUAUUUUUCAGGUAUUUGGCCACGAGCACAAUUACGAACGUAUGUAUCCAAUUUACGAUGAAAUAGUCUUCAAGAAUACCAAAGACCCAUAUUAUGACCCUCCAGCUCCAGUGCAAGUCAUCACUGGUUCAGCCGGUUGUAUUGAAACCCCAAGAAAGUUUACUAAAGAAAAAUUAGAAUUUGAUGCACACCGGUCGACAGAUUAUGGUUUUUCAGUAAUGCAAGUCUUCAACGACACUCACUUGCAGUGGCAACAGAUUAGGGCGCAUGAUGUAAGUUAGCUUCUUGUGAGAGAAGGGUAGGGUAAAAUAGAGUAAGACAAAGCAGAUUACGUUAGAAUAGCGUAAGGCAAAGUAAACUGUAAAGUAGGGUAGGGUAAGGUAAGGCAAAGUAAACUCUAGGGUAUGGUAGGGUCGGGUAAGAUAGUGUAGAGUCGAUUUUACAAUACAAAGCCACGUCAUUUUAGGGUGGAGUAGAAGACUCAUUCAUGUUGAUAAAAACGACCCAUGAACCUUAUGGCAAAAAUGGGUUAAAACGUCUAUAUAAACAAGGAACGCUCUUUAACCGACCAAAAAUGGCAUGGGAACAACGAAAAUUCACUUUUCUCAACUCAACGUUAAGUCUUUAA